AUGUUCGUAAAACACCUCGUAUUGUUUGUGUCCGUAUUGCGGGUCAAUAAUUGCAUUUAUCCCUACUUUGACACUCAAGACUUCAUAUAUAAUGUUCCGAAAGUUUUUAGAAUAUCGAUCACCUUAGACAAGUUACUGGAAUAUUAUGAGAAAAAGCCUUCUAAAGAUCCUGAGUGGUAUAUAGCACUGGGAGUGGCCAGAGGCCAAUUAGAGUAUACAAUAAACAAACUUGACAAGUCGGUACCAGUGAAAUUGAAAGAAAACUUAAUGAACAUCACGAGACGCAUGGACCGCAUCCGGAACAACACGGACUACAGUACUCUAGUGUAUCGAAGCAAAGACUAUGAAUACGUUGCGAAAGCCAUCUUCGAGAAUAUGGAAGUGAUGGCGUCAUCGAUGGAGCCGAUCACAGUCGGCACUAUGGGUACUCAAAAGCCUUACCGUUUUAAUUUUGAACAAUACGUACAAGAAGCCAGAACCAAAAUGCCAACAAGAAAAGCAGCAGACGCCUGUACAAUGCAGCUAUUGAUAUCUGCUAUGGAAAUUCAGACUACGCAAAACGAAGGCACUUGUGAAAUGACCCCUGAAUGUAACACACAGUUGAUGCAAGGUUCUGGGCUUGCUUUUCAACAAACAAGUCGUGUACGUGCCGCUGUAUUAGCCAAACUCUUUGAUUGUAUGGAAGGCACCGACUUGUCUGCACACAUCUACAAGUUAUGCAUACAAAUAUACAAGGAAACCAAGUCACUAGAGUCUUGGGACCAUCCGGCUGGUACUAGAACUUUAUUUAUGCAACAGAUUUUCUUUUGUGCGUCUCAAGGUUACGGGGAAUUUAUUAAGCCCCGAUGGAUGAACAAAAUCAUAUCCUGGCAGGAACCAAAAGGGUGCUACGCUGAUGACAGGCAACCAUUUUUGAAAUUGACCGGCUAUGUAGGAGUUGCGGCUAGUCCUCCCCAGAAGGAAAGAGAGGAGGAGUAUCGGGUAAAGAAAGCGGCAACUUCAGAGGGAGGGACAUGCAACUCCUUGACAUCGGCAAUGGCGCUGGGCUCGAUGGUUAUCUACGUGCGAGCACUACUAGAAACCGAUCAGGCGUUCCAGUACGACGUCCUUUUGAGUGAAUCAUCAGCUCAAUCGAUUAAACCACCUAUCCCUAUAUUCGGUCUGGAAGGGCGUUAUGUGUCAGCGUUAUAUAGUGCUGCUCUUCAGAUGAAACAAAUGGAUGAUGUUGAAAAGCACCUCCGGGCAUUGCAAAAGGAAUUACUGAAGCCUACUGUUGUCGACUUCAUAGAAACCAGUAUGAUAUCUUCCAAUGACAAAGCAAAACUUAUGCGAGAAGUCGGACAACAAGCAGGUAUGCCAUCUGCAGCUAUCAACUUUUUAGGAUUAGUCGCUGAAAAUGGACGCUUGAAAAAACUAAGACGUAUGAUCAACAUGUUACUUACCGUAAUGGUUGCUCAUAGAAACGAAGCUUUAUGUGAAGUGAUCACAGCGAAACCUCUGGAUGAUGGUGAUAAGAGUGCUCUCAUGGACGCUUUGCAGAAAUUUGUGAAAGACGGUAAGAAAAUUCAACUUACAGAGAAGAUUGAUCCUUCUAUCAUAGGAGGUAUGAUUGUCGGAGUAGAAGACAAACAUAUCGAUAUGAGUAUUGCGAGAAAGAUACAAAUGUAUACUGAUAUUUUGAAACAAUCUUUGUGA